UGUUAAAUUCUUUCUUUUAGAUGAACUCCAGGGUCAAAUGAGAGACCUGUUCCAGCAGAGUAAUUCAACUGUGUUCUCAGGGCGUCCUUCCAUGGCCCCUUCAAGUUUUUUGAAGUGUGAUAUGACGAAUAUGAGUAUUGAUGGAGACGAUAGUCUGGAGCUGGCUAAUCAGCUUAGUCCUACACUCAACAUGGGACUGAGGCGGAAUUUAGGAAGCCCAGAAGGGGAGAAUAUGGGGGAUCUAGUUCUACCCCAACUUCAGGAGAAAAUAGAAAAUCUUCAGAUUGAGUUGGAUUCUGAGAGAGAGGAGAAGCAAGGUCUAGAACGCCAGGUUGAAGAACAGAGAGCUGAACAAGAAGCCAGGAUUAAAACUAGCAAUGAACAGAUGCAAGCUGUCAAUCAACAGCUGUCAGAAACAGUUGCUGAAGUCCAGCAGCUGAAGGUUGUUAAAGAAGAAUUGACAGCAGAAACUCAACACCUUAAAGAGAAGAUUUCACAAGAAUCCGUUGCUUUUAACGAAACCAGAAUCAAAUUGAACUCAUGUCAGGAAGAUUUAAAGGAAUAUGAGAAGAAACAGCAAGCAUUAGAACAGCAACUCAUAAAAGAAGUAAAAUCUAAGACAGAGCUUCAAGAAACCCUUAAACAUGAAACUUCAGUUAAGGCAGAGUUACAACAGAAACUGGUAAAAGAAGCUUCAGUUAAAGCAGAGAUGCAAAAGUCACUGGAACAGGAAGGUUCGGUUAAGGCGGAUCUACAAGAGCAACUAGCACGAGAAGUUUCUGUUAAGGUGGAGCUACAACAGAAACUGGAACAUGAAACUUUAGUAAAGGAAGAGUUACAACAGAAACUGGUAAAAGAAGCUUCAGUUAAGGCGGAGCUGCAAAAGUCGCUAGCGCGAGAAGUUUCUGUUAAGGCGGAGCUCCAACAAAAAAUGGAUCAAGAAAUGUCAGUCAAGAUGGAGUUACAGCAAAAACUUAAGUGUGAAGCUUCAUCCAAGGCGGAGCUGAAGCAGGCACUUGAUCAGGAAACUUCAAUUAAGGCAGAGUUGCAGCAAAAACUUCAGCUGGAAAGUACCGAAAAGUCCGAAUUACUUAAGAAAUUUGAAGAAGAAAGUACAGAAAAGGCGGAACUUCUGCAGAAAUUCGAGGAAGAAAUUACCGAAAAGGCGGAACUAUUGCAGAAAUUCGAUCUGGAAAGUAAAGAAAAGGCGGAACUAUUUCAGAAAUUCGAACUGGAAAGUAAAGAAAAGGCGGAACUAUUGCAGAAAUUCGAACUGGAAAGUAAAGAAAAGGCGGAACUAUUUCAGAAAUUCGAACUGGAAAGUAAAGAAAAGGCGGAAAUACUGCAUAAAUUUGAGCUGGAAAGUAAUGAUAAGGCGGUGCUAGAACGUAUCUUGCUUGAUGAGAAAAAUGCACUUCUUGAGAAAUCCAAACUUAAGAUCGAAGAACUAACCAAGGAAAAGGAAGAUGUUAAACUCGAGUUAGAGACUGAAAUGAACAAACGGUAUGAAGAACUGGGACGAGCAGGAGAUGAAAUGGGUCAGCUCAAAGUCAAACUCUCAGAAGCAACUUACGAGCUAGAAACUAAAACCGAAGAGAUUCAAACCUUGGAAUCUCAAAUAAAAAAGCUCGGUUCAACAUUGGAGAAUAACUCUGAAAAGAUAUCCGUCCUGGAAAGCGAACUGAAAGUUAAAUCGUCUAGUCUAGAGAGCAAAGAUGCGGAACUCAUGGAAGUUGUUGAGCAAGUGAGGGAACUGAUGGGUUCAAUAGAACGAAUUGAGUUUGAGUACGACAACGAGAUCAAGGCAAAACAAAAACUGGAAGACGACCUAACAGAAAUGAGCCGGAAAUAUUCUGAGGUUGAAAGCCAGACCCAUCAAAUCUCCGAGUCUAAAUCUAGUCUUGAGUCCGAGAUCCUGGAGCUGAACGAGCAGAUGAACGCGUACGCUGAGAAGCUCCGGGUAACCAGGGAAGCAGAGGAUGAACUUGGUGAACAGAUUCUCCAGCUCCGGAACCAGAUUGAGAUCAUGAGAGCCGAGUGCGAGGAACACUGCUUGGAGAGAGAUGAGCUGAGAAACAUGAUAUCUGACAGGGAUUACAAGUAUCAGGAGUUGGAGAGUAAACAUGACGAGGUUGUAUCUCUCAACCUGAUGGAGAUGGAGAAAUUGAGAAAUCGUUGUGAAGAAUUAAAGCAUAGUUUAGUUGAAACUGAAAACAUGUUGGCAGAAGAACGGGUAACAACGGAGAUUGAAAAUAAGAAGCUUGAAGAGAGUUUAGAGAAGAUAGAGGCUAACAGACUCAAGCUGGUGAUCGAGAACUCCAAGCUUCAGGAGUCCCUAGAUGAGACCGGAGUUACCAAGAGCAAUGAGAUCCGAGAGUUAGCGGAGAAGAACCGAAAACUAGAAAAACAACUUUGUUCCUUGAGUUCCAUUGCUGGAGAGAACACAGAGUUUCAGCACAAGGUUGAGUUUCUCCAGGCUCAGCUUGAAGAGCGGGAUAAUGAGAAGGAUAAGCUGGAAUCCAAACUGGAGAAACUUGAAAAGAAUUUGGCAGAUUAUCAGAGAGAUCUGAUCGAGGGAGAGAAGGAGAAUAAGAAGAGAGUUGAGAAUCUCAUGCUAGCACUGGAGGCAGAGAAAAAGGAGACUUUGAAGGUAAAGGAUGAGUUUACUAAACUAGAGAAAGAGAAGGUACAAACUGAAGAAGUCAGGACGGAGCUAGAGAUCAAACUUAAAGAAGCUCAGGAAAAAUCUGCCCCGGUGGUUCAGCUAGAAUCAGAAUUGGAACAGUUAAAAACCUGUAAAUCUGAACUAGAGACACUCUCUACCGAGAUAACGCAGCUGAGAGAGUGUAAAGUAGAAUUUGAAAAGUUGAAAAAUAAAAGCAAAUCUCAAGAGAAACAGCUGAAAGAAACUGAGAGGACUAAGGAGAGUUUGGCAGCUAGUGUGUCCGAGCUCAUUACCAACACAAACAAUAUGAAGGAUGAUUUUAUCAAGGCAUCAAAGGACCAGGAGAACCAAAUCAAGGAGUUGCAGGGUAAGCUAAAGGAGGAGACAGAAAGGAUGGAGGAGAAGGAGAAGGCGCAGAAGGAGAUGGUUUCCAGGUUGCAGGAGAAGGUGUCAGGAUUGGAGCAGGAGCUGGCUAAGGCGGAGAUCAAGCUGAGUGAUCUGGAACAGGAGGCAGAGAGCAAAGGAAGUAGAGAUACAAAGGAAGCCCUGGAGAUACAAAAGAAGAAGUAUGAAGCAAGGCUACAGGAUAUUCGUGCAGAAAUGUCGAAGGAUGCUAGCGCGAAGAUGAAGGUGAAGUUGGCGGAGAAGUUGCAUGAGAAGGAGCUCAGGAUCCAGAAGCUGGAGGAGGAGAUCAAGGGGUUCAAUCACAAGAUGGACGACAAGAUAAGUUCCCUUGAAUCCUUGCACAAGGAAGAAGUUCAGCUUUAUCAGACCAAAUAUCAGGAAACAAAUGAGAACUACAUCAAACUUAGUAAAAAGUAUGAUGCUGCGAAAGAUCUGAUAAAGUCAGUAAAGCAACAGAAAGAGAACCUCAGUAUGGAAUUGAACGAGAGCCGGAAAGAUAAAUCCAGCACUGACAAUCUUAAACGAGAACUUGUUCAGGUAAAGACUGAGAAUCGUCGCCUCACAACUCAGCUGACCUACUCCGACAUUAAACUCCGAGAGUACAAUAAGAGGGACAGUAUCUCCACCAGAUCUAGUAACUCCAGUCUCAACUCCCACCCUGGAUUCGCUACCAGAGCUGUUCGUCAAUCCACAUCCAACCUGCCCGAUGAGCAGGACAGUCUCUUCAAACUUCCAACCUCGGCUCAUACUCCGGGUAGGGCUAAAACCGGGAGGACAGUAAGUGAGACGAGGAUGGGAGGACGGAGAACGCGUCCUCCUCCCAAUAUCUCCGGGUCCCUGUUCAACUGUGAGGAGGAGGCUGGAGAGAUGUUCUCCAACUCCUAUCUCACCGAUCUGAAGGAGGGGAUUUGUGACGUGAACGCGGAUGAGAGCAGGAUGUCGGAGUUAUCCCGUCGGAACACUCUGUGCCUGCCCCAUCUGAAAUCUACGUAUCCUGUGGAAUAUCAGUACUGCACGGACUCGGAUAUUACGGAGGACGAUGUAAGGCAAUCCAAGGUUAAGCAGAGCAGGAAAACUGAGAUUAUUAAUUCAUCACCCGGCGCACCGUCGCCCAUCACCCGGCUGUCCAGGGGGACUUCAAAUCUUAACCUGGAUUCACCCUCCUCCCGGACUCGUUCUCAUGGGCCCCUGCUCGACCGGAAACCGGUUCAAAAACCGGUGGCGUUCACGAUAGAUGCGCCGAAGAUGGAGAGGCGGGCAACUAUCGCCGGCGGUAACCCAACUAAACUACCAUGCCAGAGCGCACAUGGGCAAAUGAAACAAGAGUGCACAGGACUGCAUGAUCAUAUUAAGCAGGAGCGUCAUGAGGAGUCGGUAGUCCUAUCUCCUGACUAUCAACGGAUCUCACGAAAACGGAGAUCUGACCAGAUGAAGAAACCGAACCUGGAUCAAACAUACAACCCGGAGACAAAGAAACCGAACUUGGAGCAAACCUUAAACCCUGAUCAGGAUCAGGAAAAGAAACCGCAUCUAGAUCUGUCGCCGUAUUUCCAACGAGUUCCCAGGCGAGGGGUUUAUGAGUCUGACACUAGUUCCUUGGGUCGGGAUAGUGUCCGAGGGAGUAAACGAUAUAAGAAAGAAGCUGGAAAUAUUUCCUAUAAUAAACCUGGGCCUCCAACACCUAGCAGGAAUAAAAGUUUGAAUAGAUCGAAACAUGACACAAGUUUAACUUCUCUGGACUCUGCUCUAGUAGAAGCAACACCAAAUAUAUCUAAAACCUCUACAAGAUCCUCUAAAUCUACUCUGUCCUCUAAAACCCCUCUUCUAGACUCCACCAACACCCCGAAGAAGAAAAAAAGUCUACGGGAAAGAAUGACCCCUCUCAAAAACCCGUUUGGGUCAGCUUUCAAGCGGAAAAAGUACAACUUCAUGAAUCGAGAAAAUGAUGGUGCUUCCCGUACUCCUAUGAAGGCAAAGGAGAAACUAGCCAAGAAAUAAUGUACUUGUUUUUCAUUCCGACCCACUCCGAUUUUUGUAAAUAUUUUCUACCGACUCCCUUCGCUCGGCGGAGGAUUGUUUUAAGCUCAAGUAAUAUUAUUAUAUUUUGAUGAUUUUUCUCAAUAUCAUAUUUAAAAAUUGUGUUUUUGUUUUUGAUGAUUAAAAACAGUUGGAAAUGAACUGUAAAUUAAACUCUUGUGUAAUCUUGUACGUGUUAAAACGAAUUGGAAAUUAAUAAAAGCCCCCCCCCCCAUGAGUUAAAAAUGUAUACCCCUUUGUGCUCAAUUUAUAUCUGAUGAUGUAUUUUAGUUAAAAAAAAAGUAACAAAUGCUUAAUAAUGGUAGCUCAUCUUUAGCGACCUGUAACACCGUAAUAUUAUAUUUAAAUAUUAACAACUUAAACCUAGAAAUAUACUAUUUCUAUUAAAAAUA